AUGAAUCCACCAGUAAACGGUCAUAGUGAAUUUAAAAUAAGUACAAAAUCAAUCAAAGAUCUAACAAAUUCUAUUCAUGAAGUAAAUAAGGAUAUUCACAAGUAUAAAGAUGUAUUUACAGGCACAGGGCAAUUUCCUGACGAACCAUAUCAUAUAACCCUUAAAGAUGAUGCAAUACCAGUAAUACACCCCCCAAGACGUGUUCCUCAGACUUUACAACCUAAAUUAAAAGAUACUUUAGAUAAACUUGAAAGAGAAGGGAUAGUAUCGAAAGUAAAUAAACCAACUGAUUGGGUUCAAAGUUUGGUUAUAGUUGAAAAACCUAAUGGGAGUCUGAGAUUAUGCUUGGAUCCUACAGAUCUAAAUAAAGUAAUUAAAAGGGAGCACUAUCAAAUUCCUUCUCCAGAUGAUAUAAUUAGUAGGUUAGAAGGUAAAAAAGUAUUUUCAGUUGUAGAUUUAAAAGAUGGAUUUUGA